CGAAAUGGUGUAUAUCCAUAUAACAGUUUUCCUUCUUGUGACAAGCCAAUUUUGGCUUGCAAAAUGUUUUGACCCGCCAUUAAAUAUGAAUGAGUUUAACCAUGAACUCGAAGCUGAAUUCGCCGCUAUGGAUACUGAUAAAGACAACGUCAUCAGUGAACGAGAAAUGGAAACAUCUGUGCUAAAGCAAGACUAUAACAAUGACGGAUGUAUAACAUUCGUAGAAUUUAUGAAGAAUCGUAUUCACGAUACUCUCAUGUUUUCUUGGGCACUUUUCAAUCAUUUGGACCAUAAUGAUGAUGACUGUCUUGAGUCCUGGGACCAGAUUCAAGAGUUCGACGAAAUUGACAUAAAUCCGAAAGACUCGGUGGUUACAGUGGCGGAAUUGGAAGUGUACUAUGAUAAGCUGUACAAAAAGAUGGGAUUUCCAAUGAAGCCUUGA